UUUAUCAGUUGAUUAAUCGCUAACUUUAAUGUUAUUGUGAUAUCGAUUUUCGCGAUAAUUUAAUGUAACAAUUUGUGAAUUUAACUAAUUUGAUCUCAUCUCAUCAAACGGUCAAAAUAUUUGAAACGAUGAUUUGGAAGAAAAUAGGCUUGUUUAUAUAUGCUCUUGUAGUGAUCAUUUUAUAUGUCUCACGCAUGUGUUUCGGUGUGAAAAAUGACGUUCCCAAGCAGCCACCUAACAUCGUUGUCAUCAUGGCCGAUGAUUUAGGAUGGAACGACGUUAGCUUUCACGGCGCCGAUGAGAUUCCUACGCCGAACAUAGAUGCUCUCGCAUACAAUGGCGUCAUAUUAAAUCGACACUACGUAUUGCCGUUAUGUACACCAUCGAGAACAGCUUUCCUUACUGGAAAAUAUCCCAUAAGAACAGGUAUGCAAGGCUAUGUUUUGCAACCAGCCGAACCACGCGGUAUACCUUUGAAUGAUACUCUUUUACCCGAGUAUCUUCGAAAACUCGGAUAUGCCACUCAUUUGGUCGGAAAAUGGCAUGUUGGUUAUCAUACAAAGAAUUAUACUCCUACACGUCGCGGUUUCGACACUUUUCUUGGAUAUUAUAACGGUUACAUUCACUAUUUCAAUCAUACAAUUUUGGACGAGGAACAGAAAUAUUUGGGCUAUGAUUUUCACCGUAUCGUGGGUGAAAAUCGCACAAUUGAAUACAGAUACGACUAUAUAACUGAUAUUAUAACCGACGAGGUUGAAAAUAUUAUUUUCUCUCAUAAUCCUGCGAAACCAUUAUAUCUGCAAGUGUCACAUGAUGCGGCCCAUUCUGGCGGUAUCGGUAUAGAAAUGCAAGUACGCGAUUGGAAAGAAACGAAUGCUACUCUCGGUUACAUCGAAGACAUAAAUAGAAGAAAAUAUGCAAGUGUCGUUGCCACAUUGGAUGAAUCAGUCGGUCGGAUAAUCGAUGCUCUAAGAAAAACGGAUAUGUUAAAAAACUCAAUCAUCGUUUUCAUAUCCGACAAUGGAGCGCAAACUGAAGGAUUUCUUCAAAAUUAUGGAUCUAACUAUCCACUUAGAGGGUUGAAAUUCAGUCUCUUCGAAGGCGGCGUUCGCGGCGCAGCAUACAUCUACUCACCCUUAAUUGAUCGUCUGUCGAGAGUUUCGACUCAAUUGUUUCAUAUUACUGAUUGGUUACCGACAUUGUAUUCAGCAGCUGGUGGUAAUUCGAGUGAUUUGAAACAAUUGGAUGGUUUUGAUCAAUGGUCCGCAAUUAAGAGCGCGGAAGAUAGUAAACGGAAAUCAAUUCUCAUUAAUAUUGACGAGAGGGGUAAUAGCUCAGCAGCAUUAAUAGGACAUUAUAAACUUGUUACAGAUACAUCCGAGUACCAGAAGUAUUAUAAUUAUAGUGGUAACAAUGCAUUGUAUCCCAAGUAUAAUGCAAUAAAUAUCUUAGCAUCGCCAGUUGCGUCAGCUAUCGCGAGCAUUUCGACUUCUAUGUUAAACGCUAAUAAAAUAAUGCAACUGCGGAAAGAGGCCACAAUAGUUUGCAAGAAUUUUAUGGAUUUCUCCAAUUGUACGAAUCGCAGCUGUUUAUUCGAUGUCAAAGAGGAUCCUUGCGAAACUACAGAUUUAUCCGCGAAGUAUCCUAAGGAAGUAGAGAGAUUGAAUAUGUUCAUCGAUCGAUAUAAAUCAGUUCUUGUAAAACAGCCAAAUACACCCAUCGAUCCGGCUGGCUAUGCAUAUCACUUUAACAACACUUGGAUCCCUUGGUUGCCGGACGAUUAUCAGUCAAUCAGUGAAAUGCAUUUCACUGAAUAAAGUUGCUGUAAAGACACUUCAUUGAUUUUGGAUGAUAAAGUGUAAUACAAAGUUAUACAAAGCCAAACAAAGUGAUAGCAGAUUAUUACGAUACAUAUUGUCGAAACGAGGAACUCCAAAAUCAAUUUUACAUAAACAGGAAAAGAAAAUGUAGGAUGUGUCAAAGUGAAGUAGAAAUUAGAGCAUUUAGCAAGAAAUUGUACGUAGAGGAAUAAUGCAAAUAAAUCAAAUUUUAAAAGAGAAGAAAAAAAGGACCCGUUGGAUGAAUAAAAUUCUAAGGAUAAGAAAAGAAAACUAAAGAGAAGAUAUUUAAGAUAA